AUGAAUUUCACCAUUGUAUUGUUUGUUUCGCUGUUCUGCGGCCUGAUUUCAGCCCAGGAUGUUGGUGAUACUCCUGAAACAGGAGAAACUAGUGACACACGGGCAUGCUUUCCUGACAUGUGUGAUUUCCUGCAAGAGUUUGGUAUCAUUAAGGAAAAACUUGUAGCUAGUGAAACCAGACUGAAGGACAGUGAAACACAGAUUAUUGAACUGAAGAACAAAAAAAGAACCCUGGUGGCAUUCAGUGCAGCGGCAGGAGGGGGUGGACCCAUUGGACCCUUCAACAGAGAGACAACAUUAAUCUACAGAACUGUGAAAACAAACAUCGGUGAUGCCUACAGUCAAUAUACUGGUAUCUUCACUGCACCUGUUCAAGGCCUUUACUACUUCACCUUCUACUAUCAUGCCGGAGGAGCACACGCAUCGCAUCUAAUUCUGAUGAAGAACAACCAGCAGAUUGUGACGACCAGUGACCAAAGUACACAGUAUGACGGGGCUGAUAACGGGGGAAAUGCUGUGUUCCUGCAGCUGAAUCAAGGGGACCAGGUGUUUGUGAACUUAAAUGCAAAUGCACAUGUUUGGGGAAACGAUCACAUCACCACCUUCAGCGGUGUUUUGGUCAACUAGGUCAGAGAAAGAGUUAAUAAGGACGUGAUUUUUCUGGAGGUUGACAACCUUUCUUUUGCUUUCAUGCUGCAUGUCAUGGAUCAUAUCUGUGUUCUGUUUAUGUGCCUUCAUUAUUUGUUCAUUGAUUUUUGCUACCAUUUCCUUGAAGCUAGAGUUCCCUAAAAUGUACCACACCUCCAAACACUUUAACCCUUCGUGUUAGGAAAAC